AUGGCUAACCGGUGCCAUAUUAGAUCAAUUAGCCUGCCUUCAAGAUCUCAUCCCGCCACUCUCAAAAUCCAAGAAGAGCUUAACAAGCUCAGAACAUUGGAGGCAUCAUCUACAUCAGCAUUGGUGAAAAUCUCCAAUGGCCUAUCCGGACUGGAAGAGUUGUACAAUUGCAUGGAUGAGCUUCUUAGUUUGCCAUCCACCCAACAAACCCUUUCCCUCCAUCAACAUGAAAAAUGGGUCAAUGAAUUGCUGGAUGGAUCUGUAAACCUUUUAGAUAUUUGUGGCGCAACAAGGGAUGUUAUUUCAAAAUUUAAGGAAAAUGUUGGAGAUCUUCAAUCUGUUCUCAGGAGGAGAAAAGGAGGUCUGUGCAUUGAAAGCAGCAUCAACAAUUAUAUUUGUUCAAGAAAGAAGAUGAACAAGGAUGCCAAAAAGUUGCUAGCAGCAAUUAAGAAGAUGGUUAACAAUGGUGGGGCUUCUGCACUCUUAGAUAAAGAUCACCAGCUCUCCUCGAUGAUCAGUGUGCUCAGGGAAGUUAAUAUAAUGAGCAUUUCAAUCUUUCAGUCACUGCUGUUGCUCUUAUCCACACCAGUGUUGAAGUCAAGACCAUCUAGGUGGUCACUGGUUUCCAAAUUUAUGCACAAGGGGGUAGUAGCUUGCCAAGAAAAACAUCAGAAUAUGGAGUUGAAGAAUGUGGAUAUUACCAUAAGUGCAAUUUCAAGUGAAGAAGCUGACUUGGAGAAGAUGCAAAUCGCUCAUCAAGUGCUGAAGGCUUUGGAGAUCAGCAUUGAAGAUCUUGACAAUGGUUUGGAGUCAAUGUUUAGGCGCUUGAUCAAAACAAGAGCCUCUCUCCUAAACACAAUCUCCCAUUAG